UCUCUCUCUCUCUCUCUCUCUCUCUCUCUCUCUCUCUCUCUCUCUCACCGCUCUCUUCUUCUCUUCAGAGCUCUCUCUAUAUAUAUGUGCAAUCCUCUCUUCAUUGGCUUCAUUAGAUCUCCUUUCCUCUCUCUGACACACUCUCUCUUGCUUUUUCACGAGCUGUGCCUGAGAGGGAGUGAAAGCAUGGUGCUAGCCAGAUUCCCGUGCGUUUUCUUUAGGGUUCUUUAGGGCUUUGGGAUUUAUCUUGUCGGCAGCGGUGUUCGCCUCUUAGGUCACGCUUCUGGAAUUUUGUUCUUCUUCCUGUGAUUCUGGGAGGUUUUUUAUGGGUCGUUAGCUGAUAAAGUUUGGUUUUUUUUAUUUUAUUUUUAUUUUUAAAGUUUCUGCUUUUUUUCUUCAUUUAUUGUGCGUAUGUGUUUGGGGUGUCAAUUCUGGUCUUUGGAUUUGAAGAAAGAUGAGAUUUUGUUGUUUGAAGAGAAGAAGAGGCUUGUUCUUUAGAGUUCUUUGGGAGAAAGAUUGGUUUUUUUGUUGAUUGGAAUGGGAUUGGAGUAGGGGAUUUGGUGUGAGGUUGUGAGCGGUGGUUAUGCUAUGCUUGAUUGAUGGGGGAUAUAGCCUUGUGGAAGCAGGCAUGGAAAUGGGUGCAGUCUCAGAAGCAGGCCUUGAUUGGUGCUCGGCUUGUGUUGGGCUUUGCGGGGGACAAGGUUGUGUUUUUGGUAGAUCAACUCUGGCCGAUGGUUUCCAAAUGGAGUGGGAGUUUGGGGACGUUUCUUUGGAUGCUGGUGUUGCAAUGGAGGGAUUGUCUUGUAAGGGGAUUUGGGUCUUUGAUCAAUUUGGGCCCGGCAGCGCUGUUUGUUAUCAUGUGGAGCUGCUUUCUUAGCUUGACUUCAACUGCCUGUCUUAUUUAUGUACUUCUAAGCCUGGGUGCUGCUGGAGUUGCCAUUCGCUGCCUGGGUUACACUCCUGGGCUUUUCAUUGUUGGAUUGUUUGGAAUUCUAAUGAUGUGGUUAUAUGGCAACUUCUGGAUUACAGGAAUGCUGCUUAUUGUUGGAGGCUAUAUGUUCUUCCUCAACCAUGCACGAUUUCUGAUACUUUUGUCUAUUGGAUAUGCUGUUUACUGUGUCCAUACUCGUGUUGGAUGGUUUGGAAUUCCCCUCUCAUUGAACCUUGCUUUCCUUUCACAUGAUCUGCUGAAUAAGCUGCUUCAAGGUUAUGAUAGUGCUGGUGAAAGCACAAAUUUUGAAGAGUGUAAGGAAUCAGAGCCAGUUAUGGAAGACUUCACAGAGGAUUUUGAGUAUUCUCCUCCAACUAGUGAAGCUGAAAAUGUAUCUCCAUGUAAAUCAUCUAGCAAAACUAGCAGUACUCCUAGUUUGGUCAAUAUCCAGAAGGAUGCCUCUUCGAGUAAGGUGGUUAAAUCUGACUCGGGUUCUCUAGAUGAGAUGAAAAGAAUAUUGAAUAGUUCUAAUCAUUAUGAAGCUUUGGGAUUUCCUCGAUAUAGGGCUAUUAAUUUCACGAUACUGAGGAAAGAGUAUCACAAAAAGGCUGUACUUGUGCAUCCUGAUAAAAAUAUGGGAAAUCCAUUGGCAAGUGAUUCAUUCAAAAAGCUUCAAUGUGCUUAUGAGGUUCUUUCAGAUUUUACAAAGAAGAAAAACUAUGAUGAGCAAUUGAUACGGGAAGAAUCUGGGAGAGAGAGUCAACAAACUAGGGUUACCUCACAACAGGACGGGGUAGCUUACCGCUCUGAAGAAUCCAGGCGUAUUGAGUGCACAAAGUGUGGGAAUUCACAUUACUGGAUAUGUACAAAUAGAAGCAAGGCCCGGGCCAGGUGGUGUCAGGAAUGCUCUGUGUAUCAUCAAGCUAAAGAUGGAGAAGGAUGGGUUGAAUGUGGUUGUUCACCACCUGCAAUGUCUAAGGAGGUGGAAAUUCCACGAGCCUUUGUUUGUGCUGAGAGCAAGAUCUUUGAUGUCUCUGAAUGGGCCAGCUGCCAGGGAAUGGUGUGCAAGGAGAACACUCAUCGGCCAAGCUUUUUUGUAAAUAUGGUUGGUUUGGACAAGUCUGUAUCGAGGUCAAACCCCACGAGAUUCCCAUUUGGUUUGGAUGCUGAGAUGGCACCCGAAGAUGAUGAGUUUGACUUGUGGCUUCAGCAGGCAUUGGCUGCCGGUCUUUUCUCUGAGACCCCAAAACGAAGAAAAAGCUGGAGUCCAUUCAAGAUGAAUCACAAAGGCUUGAAACCAUGGCGGAGGUCUCCGUAAACACAAUUGACAUACUUCCAAACAAACGGGGAAGGCGCGAUCUCUUCACACUUUUAUGUUCUCACAUCAAAGAAGAUAGAAGUGAUACAAGAAGUUUAUCUUUCCGACCAUUCAUUUUUCAUCAUGAAAGUUUACUUUUCAACCAAUGUAAAAGAAAAGAAGAACAAAACAAAAACAAAAACUCUUGCCGGCAGCUUUGGUACAUCACUGGUGACCAACAACUCCUCUGCUCUUUCAUGGUCGGGCUACCGUCUCGAGUGCAAACUGUUCUUCAAUGUAAGGAUGAUGCUCGAAAAGAGGUAAGAGAAUUCCUUCAUUCCUUCAUCUCGGUCGUGAUUCAAAUGAGUCGGAAAAAGUUCGAUGAUGAAAGGGAUAAAUGUAAAUAGAUCAUCAUACAUGUCUUCAAAACGAUCGAAAAAUCUUUAUUUGUUUGUACACUAGGAUAACAUGGAACUUGAUGGUGGUAGGUUGGUUCUUGUGAGGGAGAAUAACAUGUCCAGUGAUGCUGUUUUUCAGGUGUAUCCUUCACCAUUUGCCAAGUUGGUUUUCCAUUCAAAACUUCUUGAAAUGUAAUUCAAGAAACUCAUUUGUUUUCUG